AUGAAUGGCCAUGUCCCGACAUUUAUCCCAGAACCCAGAAUCCGUGCUGCACAGAUCCAAUCUCGAAAAGAGACACCGGACCAAGACGAUGAUAAUAUCUACACCGAACGUUCCCUAGGGCAGGUUCAAAGUAUGAUGAGUACGCCUACCACUCUCUUGGAGAAAAUCACGGAGCCUCGAUUUCUCAACAGAUUCAGCACCAAUGCCCACGGGAUCAUGAGUGAGAAUGUACAGCAAAGAUACUUGUUCUCGAAGACACCUAGUUAUGGUCCUUUGUCCAUUUCAACCCCAACAUCAUAUCAUCCGCUCCCAAACAAUGCCCGUCAAAUUUCCGAUCUAAACUUAUUCGACCGUGAAGAACCCCAAGACUAUAAUCAUAGGUUUAAGCCUUUUGGUAGACGCUCGAGCGACGCUCGAGAGCCGAUGCCUAAGCUUGGUCAAGGGGACGCUAGGAUUGGAGAGGGUAUUCUUUUUGGAACAAGAAAAAUCGAUUCGAAUCGACCACCGCCAUUAACCUUUCCUACAACAUCUCCCCCAAGGACAUACUCUCAACAGGUUACAACUUUUGGAUCCAACCCGAGGGAGCCUAUACAACAUACACCCACUCUUUACAACAGAUCCAUCCCAGAAAGGUGUAUGAGAAAGACCCCCAGUGCCCAACAUCUGUCAAGGUUUUCCGGUGAUAAGGACUACCAGUAUGCCGUUGCUGUAAACGAAGAAGAUAACCUACCGCGUACAAAUCCAUACAGCAACUGGCCUGAAGGUAUCUAUUCAGACAACCUGGGUGAACAUAAGAAAUCAAGCUUUCAUCAACUUGAUGCUACAGCUCCUGUGUUUCAGCCGUCAAUGCCGGCCGCGGCUCGUGUCCGCCCGGCCAAAUGGAACAUCCAAUGUAGAUGGACCUUCAACCAUGUGAAUGAUUGUCGCUACGGAUCUACAUGUAAUUGGGGCCAUGAAGGCGAUGAAUACAUCGAUGAACCAGGCAUCAAACACUCAUUUGCGAACUCGAGCGGCCAAGCGUCGGAGGAGGCUAGUCAACCCCCCAAACAGAAUAACAGUAGCUACUCUGUGCACUCCAGGUCUCCUUUUAAAGCUUUAUCGAAACAGCAAUCCGAUGAUGGUUCUCAGAAAUACGAGGAUAGCCCGGACUUUUCAUGGGUUGGUGGUGCUACAAAUGUAAACAGCUGGAUUGGAAAUCAAGGGAAUGGGUACGUUGGUUAUAAAAGAACCCAAAACCUUUCCAAUGCUUCCAAUGGGUCAGUGGAAGAUAUUGGGAGCUUGGAAAACCAGCUGAAGGAGGAGGAAAUUAUCAGCACACGAGCAGUUCACAACAUAAAGGACGAUAGAUUUCAACAUAUUUCGCAAACUCAGGAGCUCCAGAAAAUGGGACCGGAAAUCGAAAAGAUUUCUGAGCAAAUUGAAAGGAAUCUGUCUAUCGGCUGCAUGAAUGUCGAAAGGGUUCACACGGGGAAGGAGGAUGCACCAGGGGAGAAAGCGAUUUGA